AAAAGCUUACGGAUUGUCGAGGUGAUACGCCAAUCGCUUUACGACGGUUUGACCUUUGAGUGCUCAGUAACCUCCACCAAUGGACGAAGCCACUGGAUCGUUGCCAAAGUCAUCUGAUCGUGAGUCUAAGCUGAACGCCAUUAAGUCAGCUAUCGGGAUUAUACCAGAUUUCCCAAAACAAGGCAUUAUUUUCUGGGACUUUUUUGGCGUUUUUAGAGACCCUGUUUUAACUCAAUAUCUAUUGGAUGAAUUAUAUUAUGUGGCUACAUCUGAGAUAGAACGUAAAUUUACGAAAAUUAACGUUGUUGUGGGUCUCGAGUCACGUGGUUUUCUUCUUGGACCAGCACUUGCCCUUCGUCUGAACUGCUCCUUCGUCCCUAUUCGAAAAGCAGGAAAACUUCCAGGUCCUUGUUUCUCUUAUAAAUACGAAUUAGAAUAUGGAAAUAGUGUUGUAGAAAUUCAAAAGGAUGUUCUCAAGCCUGAUGAUAAUGUAGUCCUUUUUGAUGAUGUUUUGGCCACUGGUGGAAGUCUUGAAGCUGGUAUGAAAUUGGUAAAAUUAUCUGGAGCUAAAAUCCUAUCCAGUUUGUUGUUCAUGGAACUGAAAGGUUUGGGUGCACGUAAAAGGAUAGAAGAUCUUGGCGUACCUGUUCACACACUCUUUCAAACUUGAACAGUACUUCUGUAAAAAAUAUUCUCUUAGUUCUUGCUUUCCUAUUAUUUAACGUCGUUUAUUUUAACAAAAUGACCUCAAGUGCUGAAAUAGUACCUUCCUACUGAAUAACAGACUAGCUAGUUAUGAAAUGUCAUAUUUCGAAAUACCUAGUUGAUAAAGUCCAACUAUAAACAUAGAUUCUUAUUUUAUUACACUGACUACUUAUUAGUCUGACGUUAACCGUUUGUUAAUUCUGUUAGCAUUGUCAAUAAACAUUACUUUUAUUGU